AACCCAGUUUCAGAAGAUCUAGACUUGACAUUAAUGGUAUGCCUUCUCCGUAACUUUUCCAAAGUUAAACAACCUGGCACAGGGUAUGACAAGUUACCACCACCUGCAGAUAAAAGCGAAGGAGCUGAUUUGGCCAGGAUCAAACAUUACAGAAACAAAAUGGCACAUAUUGACCAGAAUAGAAUAUCAAAUGCAGAUUUUGUGAAUCAGUGGACAGAAAUAUCAGAGGCCAUUGGAAGAUUGGGAGGUUUAGUUCUGGUUCAAGAAUGUCAAAAUCUCAGAGUAGCAAAGCUUGAUCAGUCCAACAAACAUAUAAUGUUAGAGCUAAGGAGGUCUUUCUCACAAAUUGAGGAUAUAACCAGAACGACAGAAGAGCAAGCUAAAAAAAUAGAACAUAUAGAACAGUCGUACGCACAUAAGCUGGAGCAAAUGGACAAGAAACAUGCAAUGGAUAUAAGUGAAAUUGAAAAAAAGAAACGUGAUGUAAUAUCUAAAGACCAAUACGAUUUUUUUUCUUCAAUUAAAGAAACAUGGAAGAACAGAAUGAAAACUUUCAUAGUAACUGAUUGUGUUAAAACAGUUUUGGAAACUGUUCAACAAGAACAAUGUGUUAUUAUUACAGGUCUCCCUGGCAUUGGAAAGUCGGUAAUAGCAUAUUAUGUAGCUUUUCAUCUAGAAACCACACAGGGGUUUGAUGUUUUACCUGUUUCAUAUCCAACAAGUAUCAUAGAUUACGGAAGGAGUAGUUCAAAACAGAUCUUUUUAUUUGACGAUGUUGUAGGGAAAUACUCGCUAGAUGAGAAUGGGGUAAAUCAGUGGGAAAGAUUUGAAAAUAACUUGAUACAAUAUCUUAUUGAGAGGCCUGAUGUUAAGAUUUUGAUGACUUGCAGGAGUAAUAUCUUUGAAGCAAACCAAAACUGCAAAUUGGGAAUCUCAUUAGUUCAAUGUAAUUUGAUGUCUGAAGAAUUGAAAUAUUCUUUGAAAGAUUUAAAACUCAUUGCGCAGAGAUAUAUUUCAGAUGAUUUGUUAAAAGAAUUGGGUGACGACAUAAUCAAUAUGUAUCCCUUUUUUCCUCUACUCUGUUCUACAUUUGAUAGUGAAAGACAUAAACCGAACGUUUAUUUCAAAGCCCCAAACUCUAUUAUUCAAACAGAAAUUAACAAAUUGAAAGCAAAGUCAAACGUGUCGUUCUUAGCAUUAGGUUCACUUGUCAUAUUUGAUAACUAUGUAGAUAAAAAUAUAUUCCGACUUGAUAAUACACAAGAUGAUCAUAUUAUAAGAUGCUUAUGGGAUGAAUCGAAAAGCACUGUUCCCUUCUCAAAGCAUUCACUCUUUUUAGGUAUGAAAAUACUAAGUGAAACCUAUAAAUAUGUGAAAGAAAUGGAUACUCAUUUUUCAUUUAUCCAUGACAAAUUAUACGAUAUCGUAUCUUACAAUGUUGGACCAACUUUUAAGAAAAGUAUAUUAUUAUAUGGUAGCAGCAAGUUUAUUAAAGAUAGGAUUCAAUUUGCAACAUUAAACAUUAAAUUGAGCGAAUAUAACAUCCUACUUGAUAAGGAAGAUGAAGCCAUUUAUUUUCAACGCCUUGUACGUUUAAUUGAAGAAGGACAGAACUGGGAAGUGUUUGGAAACUGUCAAACACAAAUGUUUUUUUAUCGUGAAUCCUUCAUCAAAUUCUUAGAAAGUAAAAGUACAAGGCUCACGUUUAAAAGUUGCUGUGACUCCGGCCAUACAGCUCUACAUGUCUGCUCGUCAUUAGGUUACGUAAACUUCUGUUUUUAUCUUUUAACAUGUGGAAAUAUUCCUGUAGACGCACUGGAUAAUAUUGGUAGAACUCCAAUGUAUCAUGCAUGUUACAAAGGACAUUACGGUGUUACAAAACUGUUAUUAAAGCAUCGAGCUUUAGUAAACCUAGCAAAUCAUCAAAAAGUAACAGCCUUACAUUUGGCUUGCUAUAAGGGACAUAAAAAUGUAGCUGAACUAUUGCUUAAAAAUGGAGCCGAAAUCAAUCAAGUAUGCAAAAAACAAGUAUCAGCACUCCAUUUGGCUUGUCGUGAAGGGCAUACGAAGAUAGCGGAACUAUUGUUACACUACAAAUCCGCCGUUAAGAAGAUAGACGAAUAUGGUUGGACUCCACUGGCGAUAGCAUGCAAUAUCGGCAAUAUAGAACUCUCUAAACUUUUAUUGACGCAUAAGGCACCUAUUAAUCAACGACAGAAAGGUAAAAGUACUCCUCUAAAAAUGGCAUGCGCAAAUGGCCAUAAAGAAAUUGUUGAACUUUUAUUAGCAAACUCUGCAUCAGUUAAUGAUGCUGACUCUGAUGGAUGGACACCUCUAGAUAUGGCCUGUAUAAAUGGUGAUAAACAUAUUGCUACACUUAUACUCAACCAUCGUGCGUCAGUUAAUAAGACCAACAAACAUGGAGAUACUCCUUUGCAUUUAGCUUGUCAAUAUGGACAUCAGCAUAUAGCGAGACUUUUACUGUCUCAUCAUUCACCAGUUAAUCGGGCCAAUAAGGAACUAAGAACACCUCUUCAUACAGCAUGCUUCAAUAAUCAUACUGAUAUGGUAGAAUAUUUGUUAAACGUUGAUUAUGUGCUUGUUAAUGUAAAGGAUAUAUACGGAUGGAAUUCCCUCAGUAUAGCUUGCUAUAUAGGAAGCAAAGAUAUAUCUGAACUUCUACUAAAACAGAAUAUUCCAGUUAAUCACGCUAACAAAGAUGGAAUUACACCCUUAUAUCUUGCUUGUGAAAAUGGUCAUAAAACUGUUGUUGAAUUAUUGCUAAAAUACCGUGCCUCAGUAAAUCAAACUAACAAACGGGGUUGUACCCCUCUGUAUAUUAGUUGUCAGAGGGGUUAUAUAGACGUAGUGUCAGUUUUACUAUUAAAUAAUGCUUCCGUGAAUACUGCUAAUUAUGAACAUUGGGCACCACUUCAUAUAUCCUCCAUCAAAGGUCACAAAUUUAUAGUGGAAAAACUACUCGAAUGUCAUGCAUUAAUUAAUCAGAGUGGAAAUAAACUGUGGACACCUCUACAUUUGGCUUGUAGUGAGGGUCACAAUCAUAUAGUGGAAUCACUACUUAAAUACGAUGUAGAUGUAAAUCGAAGUACAGCUAACGGAUCUACUCCACUUAAACUGGCUUGUCAGGAGGGAUAUAUUGAAAUAGCUGAACUUUUACUAUUAAACCAUGCGUCAGUUAAUCAGGCUGAUAAUAAUAAUUUCACACCGCUCCAUAUAGCUCGUGAGAAUGGUCAUAUUGAUAUAGAAAAUUUAUUACUGAAAUAUGAUGCCACAGAAAAUCAGUACCAGAAAUACCAGAUCUAAAAUACGGUUUUAACUCGUAUGAAACACCAGCUUUCUUCACGUAUGCAUUAAUGAACAAAACAACCACUGCUUUAAUAUCACUGCCCCAGGUAAGUGGGAGGGUUGAGCGCUCAUCAAAACAUGUUUAACCCCGCCACAUUCGGUAUGUGCCUGUCCAAAGUCAGGUGCCUGUUGUUCAGUGGUUGUCGUUGGUUCAUGUUUGUCCUAUUUUUUUUCGUAAAUUGUUUUGUUUUAAAUUAAGCCGUUAGUUUUCUCAAUUGAAUUGUUUCAUAUUCUUAUGCCGGUGCCUUUUAUAGCCAACUAUAUGGUAUGGACUAUGGAUUUGGCUUUUUGUAGCUAACUCCAUAGUCUUCAACAAGAGGCAUUUCAAUGAUAAUCCCAUCGGCAUUUACGUUCGAUCUUCUCAUUCUACCAAACAUGUUAUAUAUUUUACGGAUAUAUUACCAAAAUAUAUCUUUAAGAUAAGGCUUUAAUAAAAAAAAAGAUUUCCAAAUGCUCUUAUGUAGAUAAUAAUGAUUAUAUAUAGUCCGUUUGACUUUUACAUAUUUACAGAAAGAAUUUCUUAAAAUUAUUUACUUAUUAUUUCAUAUCAACAUUAUAUUUUCUUGAAGUAUGUUAAUAAUUGAUAAUUGAUAUUUAUAUAUUAUACACAGUUUGACUACUAAUUUGUGGUCUAAUAUUUAAUUUAUUUUUGACGAUGUCAAAUGAGUCCCGUUAUGCGUAUUAAUUUGCACGAGUGUAUCCACUAGUGCGUUCUGAGUGGGAAUUUAAAUCAUUCGACGGUUUGCAUUCAACCAGCCUACACGUCAAAAAACAGUUUGGUCUUUUUGACUUUUUAUUAAUAAAAUAUGUUUCAUUUCUAUUUUCUUUCACACGAAUACAACCAACUUUAUUGAAUUGUACAAAAAUUAUAGAUGCACAUCUAUCAUGUCUAUGUACACUGUCCAAUUUACAUUAUUUUUUUGUUUUGUUUUACCUUAAUUCAUAUGAUAGCGAAUUAAUUGUAAUAGUUUGUAAUUGUAUUUUGAAUAUUGUUCAGACUUUUUUUUUUGGCGUAACACCUGCCAUUCUUAAAUUCUGUUCACAAUUGUAUAUUUGUGUAUGUUGCUUUAUUAAACGACUGGAUGGUGCAAACCUACAUUCCACAGAC